AUAGUUGCGCUCGCUCGACCGUCCGCCCGCCCUUUUUUUUCUUUCUCCCUCAGCUUCGGCUUCUUCGCGGGGCGCGGGCCCGUUCUCCGCCGGCCAUGGCGAUGGACACCAGCGGCAAGGAGAAGGAGGCGCUGCAGCUGCUCGCCGAGGCGGACAAGAAGGUCCGCGGCUCCCAUGGCUUCUUCUCGGGGCUCUUCGGAGGUGGUUCCUCCAGGAUUGAAGAAGCAUGCGAUAUCUAUGCCAGAGCGGCUAAUAUGUUCAAAAUGGCCAAGAACUGGAGUGCUGCUGGCAAUGCAUUCUGUCAGGCUGCUCAGCUCCAUCUCCAGCUUCAGAACAAGCACGACGCAGCUAUGAGCUUUGUGGAUGCUGGCAAUGCUUUCAAAAAGGCUGAUCCUCAAGAGGCCAUUAAUUGUCUCCUUAGAGCUAUUGAGAUCUACACAGACAUGGGGCGUUUCACCAUUGCAGCCAAGCACCAUAUAACCAUAGCUGAGAUCUAUGAGACUGAGCUGGUGGACAUCGAAAAGGCAAUCGCUCAUUACGAACAAGCUGCAGAUUAUUAUAAAGGUGAAGAAUCAAACAGCUCUGCCAACAAAUGUUUGCUGAAAGUGGCUACCUAUGCAGCUCAGCUGGAGCAGUACCAAAAAGCUGUUGAAAUCUACGAGCAGGUGGGGACCAGUGCCAUGGACAGCCCCUUGCUGAAAUACAGCGCAAAGGAAUACUUCUUCAAAGCAGCCCUCUGUCAUUUCUGCAUUGACAUGCUCAAUGCCAAGCUGGCUGUACAGAAGUACGAAGAGAUGUUCCCGGCUUUCUCGGAUUCCAGGGAGUGCAAACUGGUUAAAAAAUUGUUGGAUGCUCACGAGGAGCAGAAUAUUGACAGUUACACUGAAUCAGUGAAGGAAUACGACUCGAUCUCUCGCCUGGACCAAUGGCUGACUACCAUGCUUCUGCGCAUCAAGAAAACCAUACAGGGUGAAGAGGAAGAUCUGCGUUAAAAAAAAAA